AUGCGACGCAAGAGAGGAGGCUGUUUCGCCGUGCACUGUCGUCGCUCCUGGGGUCGAUUGAAGCCGCCGCCGCAGCUAGGGCUUGCUGUGCUCCUGUCUGCAACAAUAUAUUUUAGAAGUUGUAUUGGACUGGAAGAGAGGGAAGGGGAGCGGAACAAUGCUGAUCGAUUCCUGAAUUGGAGCACUAGGUUCCAAAUUGUUCUAGGCGUGGCAAGGGGAUUGCAGUACCUUCAUGAGGAUUCACAUCUAAGAAUUGUUCACCGAGACAUCAAAGCAAGCAACAUUCUUCUUGAUCAUAAGUUUCAUCCCAAGAUUGGAGACUUUGGCCUUGCCAGGUUCUUCCCUGAAGACCAAGCUUAUCUUAGCACACAAUUCGCUGGAACAUUCGCCAAAAGGGCUGUUUUCGCCGGAGCCAGAACAUUAUCGAGGACCAAAGCUGAAAGUUGCCAUCCUUGGAGCUGGGCUUUCUGGCAUGUCAACUACACUGGAACUCUUGGAUCAAGGACACGAGUCCCAGAAGAAUACACAGGUGUUGCAGAAGCUGAUUUUCUGAUAAAGGUUGAAGACUUCUUUAGGUACUUUUUCUCAGAUGAUGCUGUAAACUUUAUCUUGGAGCAAAAUUUGGUGGCUCACCCAGCACCACCAGCGUCUGCUGUCUUUGCCUGCUGUUUCACAAAUUCCUUUUCUUCGAUUCUGCCUGCUGCUAUUCUGUCCUGUGCUAUCCGGGGCUGUUAUUUCCAACAAGGUAUGGAAGUUAAGAUGGAAAUGAAGGUGGAAGAUGCAUAUAGGAAGUCAAUGGAGACUGUGUUGAAUUGGAUACAAGAUACUGUAAAUCUUAACAAGAGUCAAGUUUUCUUUCGUACAUAUGCACCCGUGCACUUCAGAAGUGGAGAUUGGAGAAGCGGUGGAAGUUGUCAUUUGGAAACACUUCCAGAGCUUAACAUGUCAUUAGUGCCUAAUGAUAACUGGUCACAAUUCAAAAUAGGCAAUUCAUUGCUAUCAUCACACAAAAACAGCACUGAACUUGUCAAGUUAAAAAUAUUGAAUAUAACAGAGAUGACAGCUCAGAGAAAAGAUGGACACUCAUCAAUCUACUAUCUUGGUCCGAAUGGCGGCACGGCGGCACUCCAUCAGCAAGAUUGCAGCCACUGGUGUCUGCCUGAUUUGUACACCUCUUCAUGCCUUUGUCGCCAUCUUCGCUGCUACCAUUUUCGUGUUUCCUAG